AUGGCUCUGUACUAUGAGGCGGCUGAUAUAUUAUCUUCAUCGUUUUCAAGAGGGUCGCUCAGAUCGCGUGUCUACGACAGCAACACGCCCCUCAAGUCACCUCCCUCCCUUUUGUAUGGUCUCAUUACAGGUUGCGCCGAAUGGGAUGUCGUACUCUCGGAGAUCAUUGACAAUACGGGCAUCAUAUCACAAGAACCAAAGCUAACUCCGCUCCUGGCAAUAUUCCUCGUCCAUGACCACCUUCUUUCCAGACGGGGCAUUGCUUGUCCACAGAAUCACCCUCUUCGGCUUGCAAUAGAGCGCCACAAGGCACGCCUAGCUUCAGAGCUGACCAAAGCUCGACUACGUCGAAAAUGCGCAACGCUCGAGGAUCUCCGCUUACAUGUUAGUGCCCAAAAGAGGACAUUUGAAAAAGGCUUCCAACAGCCCCGGUGGGUCCGAAUUAACUAUUUGAAGACCAAUCUCGAGGAAGAGCUCAGGACAACCUUUGCGACUUUCGCAGUAUGUUCUACACUAGGUCGGUUGUGUGGCGAUACAGGGACAAGAAAAGCAUAUUUUCGGGAUCCAAAUAUCCCAGACCUGCUGGCAACGAAUGUGCCUACGAAAGAGCUUGUUCAAACUGCAGCCUACGAAGCAGGAAAAAUCCUUCUACAAGACAAGGCGUCGUGUUUCCCUGCCCAUCUAAUCUUGGAUUCAAACCCGAAACUGUCUCUAUGCGCUAAUAGGGCUGAUGACGCUGAUUUGAUUGAUGGUUGCGCAGCCCCAGGAAACAAAUCGUCCCAUCUUGCCUCAAUCCUUGCCAAGAAGUUCAAUCUUGCUGCUCGCCCUGCACCGCGUAAACGCGUGGUAUUUGCCUGUGAACGUGAUCCCAAAAGAUCGAAGACCUUAGAGAGCAUGCUCGACCGAGCGGGCGCCCAAGGCAUGGUGAAAGUCCUAGCGAAGCAAGAUUUUCUAGCUCUAGAUCCACAGGGAAAGAGAUUCAGCAAUGUUACGCAUCUUUUGCUCGACCCUAGUUGUUCUGGCAGCGGUAUCUUGGGCAGAGAAGAUCUCCCAACACUCGUCUUGCCGAAGGACACAAGAAGGAGGAGAGACGAGAACUUCAAGGUGGAAGACGGGAACGGUACCAGAAACGGUAUUCCUAAAUCUUCAAACAAGCGAAAAAGAGAUAUCUUGCCGCAAGAGUUAUCUGAGGAUACCGAAGUGAACACACCUCCAACCACAUCUUCGAACAUCGAUACAGACCGGCUCCAGAGACUUUCAAACCUCCAGACCCGAAUGCUCGAACAUGCAUUUGCUUUCCGGAACGCAUCCAUAGUGACCUACUCAACAUGCAGCAUCCACGCUCAGGAAAACGAGGUCGUGGUCUUACGAGCCUUGAACUCUACGGUAGCUAGAGGCAGGUGCUGGCGGCUCUUGAGAAGAGGUGAACAACCCGAUGGUCUCAGGGUUUGGCCGCAUAGAGGGGAUGAGUUGGAUGUAGAGGGGACCGAAGGGGCUGUUAAGGAGAUUUGGAAUGCGAUGACGAGUGAGGAGAGAAGUGGCUUUAGGGAGGCUUGCAUCAGAUGUAGACCAGGUGGUGAGGAUGGAACGAUCGGAUUCUUUGUAGUGGGAUUUGUGAGAGAUCCGAAGACGGUUGAGGAACUGGAGGAUGUCGGACCCGGAGCAAACGGUGACAUGAAAGAGGAUGAGGAAGAAUGGAAUGGGUUUAGUGCAGAUGAAGACGGGUAG